GUGUAUGCUUUUGUUUGUUAUUGUUGCAGGUGACAGCGGAGAGGUCGCUCGCAUCCGCGUCAACAUCAGCAUUUUUCGAUUCUCUUCCAACCGCGAGAGGUGAAUUUCGUCUCGCUGGUGCUGCUGACAUUCGAAGGGUUUUCUCCUGGCGUGUUCAGGUGGCGCCGCACACUUCGACCCAAACACACAAUGCCGAAAUGACCCACAUUAGGCUAGCAUAAGAAAUCGGGUACUCCGCUUCGUGGAAGGAAACGUCGCCUGACCUGGCUGGUACGCGCGACCCAUUCACACAUUCCCCGUGCUGCGUGUGCCACUACCAUGUGAGUGAGUGUCUAGUUUUCCAGCUUGUGUGCCCAGCUCCCUAUUGUGUGCGCGCCCGUGUAUGUGUGUGUGUGUUUUUGUGUCCGUUUUCAUUCCGUUACGACGGGAAGCUGUAGAGAAUACAACACAACAACAACAAAAUGCGUAAAAUGCUACAUAUCGUGCUAAUAAGAAAUGUAUCUUAAGUGUUUUACGACAACACGUGCUUAAUGGUGGCAAAUUUGGUGCGAAAUCAUUUACCCCCGAAGCAGUGAGUGAGUGUGGAAGUGCGUGUGAAACCGUUUGGUGACAAGAAGGAAGAUUUUUUGUUUCUAUUUGAAUCAGUAUCGAAUCGUAACGAAAUCUGUGCAAUUCAGUUUGUGUGAUAUUAUUUGCUUUUUAAAAUCGCAUCCCCCGCCGGUACUGGGGCAUUACAUACAAGCAUAAUUCCAUUUGCCAGCAAAAGUCUGUCUGGCCGUGAUAUGGUUUGGUGUCGGUGCUAGUGAAGGCGUCCUGGUUUCCCCGGGUUCUGUGCUGGGGGAUUCUCCUGCAUUUUCUUCCUGCAUUUUUUUCCCAGAGGGACUGGCCGUCAAGCGCAAAUGUGAUUUGUUGUUCCGGGUACGCCGUGAAGACGCCUUCGUCGUCGUCGUCCUGCGAGCAUAGAUUGUGCCCGCUGCUUCAAACACACAUCUGGUUUCCGCCUGCCGGCCUCAGUACGGGAAGGGUGUGCGUGUGCGUCUUUGUGUGUUAAUCGUGUAUGAGUGUUGCUCGGUGUCGAAAAUCAUUGCUCGCUUGCAGUGCCGCGACCGAAGCGAAGCUGCUUGUGGCUACGGAAGUGCUAAAAAUAAAUUUCAACCGAAGGAAACAAAACGUCAACCAAACACACACGCACACGAAUUAAUUUUCCAUUCCUUCAAUAUCAUCACCCACGGGUCGUACUCGGGGAGGGUAUCUCGCGCACACGGAAAAUUAGACAACGUCUCCCAGCCUCCUCCACCGAUCGUAAAUUCCUCUCUCCCCCGUCACGAGCGUGUUUAUGUGUUUGGUGAGUUAGUGUGUGAGUGUGUGUGUGUGUGAUUCUAUGUAAACACGAUGCAAUCAACGCUGGAGAGAAGGAAAAAGAUGCAACCGCCAACGCUGCAUACCCAUAAACAACCGGAACGAUCCGACCCGGCGACGGAGAGGCGCAUGGGGCGGCGGAAACUGGCGGCACCGGGCAGCAUGCGGUUAUCUUCCGGUCUCGGGCUUCGUGAGAUGCUCCUUUCGAGCUGUCUGGUCGUGCUGCUGCUAGCGCAGCAAUGUUACGGUGCAGAUCUCGUCAUAGAAAUCCCUGGCAAUCAGGGUUUGGAUGAUUCGUUUUACCGGCUCGACUACUACCCACCGAUCGGCAAUCCGGCACCGAACGCAACGAUCGCUUCGCGGGACGUCGGCGAUGAGAUACAGUUCUCGAACGGGCUGCCCGGCACGCGCUACAACUUCUGGCUGUACUACACCAACUCGACCCACAAGGACUGGCUGACCUGGACGGUCUCGAUCACGACAGCGCCGGACCCGCCCGCCAAUCUGACCGUGAUACCGCGCAGCGGCAAGAACGUCAUCAUCAACUGGAGUCCACCGGCCCAGGGCAACUAUUCGUCGUUCAAGCUGAAGAUCCUCGGCCUGUCGGACAACUUUGCCACCAACCAGACGGUGGCGAUCGAAGACAAUCAGUUCCAGUACAUGGUGCGGGACCUGACGCCCGGCGCGACGUACCAGGUGCAGGCCUACACGCUCUACGAUGGCAAAGAGUCGGUGGCUUACACGAGCCGCAACUUCACCACAAAGCGCUAUCGGCACAAAGAUCUGCUGGACAUUAAGAUUCUGCGAGAACCUAACACACCGGGAAAGUUCAUCGUGUGGUUCCGCAAUGAAACGACGCUCUUGGUGCUAUGGCAGCCGCCCUAUCCAGCCGGCAUAUACACCCACUACAAGGUGUCGAUCGAACCGCCGGAUGCGCUCGGCAGUGUACUGUACGUGCAGAAGGAGGGCGAACCGCCCGGCCCGGCUCAGGCCGCGUUCAAAGGUCUCGUUCCGGGCAGAGCCUACAACAUCUCGGUGCAGACCAUGUCGGAGGAUGAAAUAUCGCUUCCGACCACCGCCCAGUACCGCACCGUGCCGUUGCGUCCGAUGAACGUAACGUUCGACAAAAAGUCCAUCACGGAAAACUCGUUCAAAGUGAUGUGGGAAGCGCCGAAGGGCACGAGCGAGUUCGACAAAUAUCAGGUCUCGCUGUCAACGUCCCGGCGACAGCAGGCGGUACUGCGAAAUGACAACGAAAAUAUGGCCUGGCUCGAGUUCAAGGACAAUCUCGACCCGGGCAAAACGUACCAGGUCGUGGUGAAGACCGUCUCCGGCAAGGUAACGUCCUGGCCGGCGAGCGGCGACGUUACGCUGAAACCGCUCCCCGUCAAGCAGUUGCAAUCGUACACCGAUAGCAAAACCGGCGUCAUCACCAUCUCCUGGAAGCCGGACGAGCUGAGCACACAGGACGAGUAUCGCAUCAGCUAUCACGAGCUGGAAACGAAUAAUGGCGAUUCGAGCACGAUGAGCACCAAUCAAACCUCGUUUGCGCUGGAAUCGCUGCUUCCGGGGCGGAACUACUCCGUCACCGUGCAGGCACUGUCGCGCAAGAUGGAAUCCAACGAAACGGUCAUCUUCGUCGUAACGCGACCCUCCUCGCCGAUUAUCGAAGAUCUCAAGUCGAUCCGCGAGGGGCUCAACAUUAGCUGGAAGAGUGACGUGAACUCAAAGCAGGACAAGUACGAGGUGACCUACACGCGCAACGAUACCAACGAUGGCAAGACAGUGCUGACCACGGAGAGUCGGCUGGUCUUUACGAAUCUCUACCCCGGCGCCGGCUACGAAGUGAAGGUAUUCGCCGUGAGCCAUGGAUUGCGCAGCGAGCCGCACUCGUACUUCCAGGCAGUCUAUCCAAACCCACCGAGAAACAUGACGAUUGAAAAGGUGACGAGCAACUCGGUGCUCGUGCACUGGAAACCGCCAGAGCGGUCCGAGUUCACCGAGUACUCCAUCCGGUAUCGCACGGAAAGUGAAAAGCAAUGGAUUCGGUUACCCUCGGUAAAGGCAACCGAAGCGGACGUCACCGAUAUGACGCCGGGUGAAAAGUACACUAUUCAGGUGAACACCGUCAGCUACGGCGUUGAAAGUCCCAAUCCGCAGCAGGUGAACCAAACGGUGCGGCCGAAUCCCGUCUCCAACAUUGCUCCGCUGGUGGACUCGAACAACAUUACGCUUGAGUUCCCAAGACCGGAGGGCCGCGUGGAAACGUAUAUCAUUCACUGGUGGCCAACCGAGCAGCCGGAGCAGGUAUCGAUGAAAAAUUUCACAGAAGUUAAUACAAUACUACCGUAUCCCGGCACAUUGAGCGACGAUGAAAAGACGGUGGAAGAACCGCCGCUGGUACGAUUGCUUAUUGGAGAUCUGAUGUCCGGUGUGAUGUACAACUUCAAAAUCCAAACCAUCUCGUACGGCUUGACAAGCGAUCUUACUAAGCUGCAAACGCGCACGAUGCCGUUGAUACAAUCCGAAGUGGUGAUCGUGAACAAUAUGCACACGCGGGACAUGGUUACGCUCAGCUACACGCCCACCCCACAGCAGUCGUCGAAGUUCGAUCUGUACCGCUUCUCGCUUGGCGAUCCUAGCAUUCCAGAUAAGGAAAAGCUGGCGAACGAUACCGACCGGAAGGUAACAUUCACCGGUCUCACUCCUGGCCGGCUGUACAACAUAACCGUGUGGACGGUGAGUGGAAAGGUAUCGAGCCAGCCGAUCCAGCGACAGGAUCGCAUGUUCCCCGACCCUAUCACCAUGCUCGAAGCGACCAGCAUCAACGAUACCUGGAUUGCGCUUAAGUGGGACAUUCCCAAGGGAGAAUACACCUCGUUCGAGGUGCAAUAUCUAAUGAACGAUUCGCACUAUGUGCAGAACUAUACUGUCAACAAUCAUAUCACCAUAACGGACCUGAAGCCUCACCGUAACUACACCAUUACGGUGGUGGUCCGUUCGGGAACGGAGUCGAGCGUGCUGCGCGUCAGCCUGCCCAUUUCGGCCAACUUCCAAACGAAGGAAGCGCUCCCGGGACGGAUGGACAAGUUCGCGCCGAUCGAUAUUCAGCCGAGCGAAAUAACGUUCGAAUGGUCACUGCCACCGAACGAACAGAAUGGCAUAAUCCGUCAGUUUACGAUCACCUACGGGUUGGAUGGUUCGCAGCACACCCAGGUAAAGGACUUCCGACCGAAUGAGCUGCGCGGCUCGAUCAAGGCACUGCAGCCGGGCAAAUCGUACGUGUUCCGCAUCCAGGCAAAGACAGCCAUCGGCUACGGGCCGGAGCAUAUCUGGAAGCAGAAGAUGCCAAUUCUCGCCCCGCCAAAGCCGGAAACGCAAGUCGUACCAACGGAGGUGGGUAGCAGCGCUACGACCAUCGAAAUACGCUUCCGCAAACAUUACUUCAGCGAUCAGAAUGGAGUUGUGACUACGUACACUAUCAUAAUUGCCGAAGAUGAUUCGAAGAACGCGUCGGGCCUGGAGAUGCCCAGCUGGCGCGAUGUGCAAUCGUACAGCGUGUGGCCACCGUACCAAGUGAUCGAACCGUACUAUCCGUUCAAGAACAGCUCGGUAGAGGAUUUCACCAUUGGCACCGAGAACUGUGACGCAAAGAAAACGGGCUAUUGCAAUGGUCCGCUUAAAUCUGGCACUACGUACAAGGUGAAGGUGCGAGCAUUCACUGCACCGGACAAAUUCACCGAUACGGCCUAUAGCUAUCCCAUCCGCACCGCUCUUCUAUCGGUGGAUGCCCAAGACAAUACAUCGCUCAUUGUGUCGAUUACCGUGCCAUUACUGAUCAUUGCAAUGCUUGUCGGUGUGGUACUGUUCCUGCGUCGACGACGACACACCGGCCGCAAAACCACCGAGCAACGAACUAACGACAAUAUGUCCCUUCCGGACAGUACCAUCGAAACUAGCCGUCCGGUAUUGGUGAAAAAUUUUGCCGAACACUAUCGUAUGAUGUCCGCCGAUUCCGAUUUUAGAUUUAGCGAGGAGUUCGAAGAGUUGAAACAUAUCGGGCGCGAUCAACCAUGCACAUUUGCGGAUUUGCCGUGCAAUAGGCCUAAGAAUCGGUUUACAAACAUUUUACCAUAUGACCAUUCCCGAUUUAAACUUCAACCCGUGGACGACGAGGAAGGUUCGGACUACAUUAAUGCUAACUACGUCCCGGGCCACAACUCGCCGAGAGAAUUUAUUGUGACGCAAGGUCCACUACACUCGACGCGGGACGAUUUCUGGCGAAUGUGCUGGGAAAGCAAUUCGCGUGCGAUUGUGAUGCUAACGCGGACCUUUGAGAAGGGUCGCGAAAAGUGCGAUCACUACUGGCCGCACGAUACCGUACCAGUAUAUUACGGUGACAUUAAAGUGACACUACUUAACGAUAGCCAUUAUCCCGACUGGGUCAUCACAGAGUUUAUGAUGACGAGGGGCGAGCAACAGCGCAUAAUACGUCAUUUCCACUUCACGACGUGGCCCGACUUUGGUGUGCCAAAUCCUCCUCAAACGCUUGCACGGUUCGUGCGAGCCUUCCGCGAGCGCGUCGGACCUGAUCAGCGGCCGAUCGUAGUGCACUGUAGUGCCGGUGUCGGGCGGUCCGGCACCUUCAUCACGCUGGACAGAAUAUUGCAGCAAAUCCAGGUGUCAGACUAUGUUGACAUCUUUGGCAUCGUCUGGGCAAUGCGAAAAGAACGUGUCUGGAUGGUACAAACGGAGCAGCAAUAUAUCUGCAUUCACCAGUGUUUGCUGGUCGUGCUGGAGGGUAAGGAAGGCACUGAGCGUGAGAUUCACGACAAUCAAGGCUACGAAGAUGACGAAGGAAUCGCUGAGUCGGGAAUGUAAGCGACCGACCAGAUGCGGCAGCCUGGAGCAGUGUCUGCAGCCCGCCAUUGUACUUCCUCGACCACCAGCCAACGCGUAAAGUGGCCAUCGAGCGGCGACGAACGCAGCUAGUAGUUUAGCGCAGAGCGGUUUUAAUAUUUAAACGAAUGUAAUUAAUACUUAAACCACCCUCCCCUCCCUUUUUCCACCGGCAGUGUGUGGAACCGGCCCGUAGUAGUAAACGCCGUUCGCUCGAUAGCUUAAAUCCUAGUUGUAAUGUCCUAAAGCUGGGGACAUACACCCAUACAUUCAGCGGAAAACACAAAGAGAGACAGAAAAUAUCAAUCGAACGCUAUCCUCGUACUAAUUUGUUGUAUCAAUUGUUCAACGCGUGCAAUCCGCUGACAGACAGCAGCAAUCUCAAUGUUAACGAUACCCGUACCGUGCUGGCGUGAUGAACGUGUUAAACGCUUCGAUCUAUUAGUAAUAAUGACAACUUGGGUGGCCAUAGACCUCCACUACGUCAGGUGCUAGUGCGCGCACGUGUGUGUGUGUGUAUGUAUGUUAAUGCGGUUGUAAUUGUAUAGUAAUUGGCGAUUUUAAUUAUUAGAAAGCACCCCACUACCACCUGGACGAAAUCUCUCCCCUGCGCGCGCGAAAAACGCGACAGAAUGCUAAAACGCAAAACGCAUCCUGUAGUCUAAAUCUCUUUCCCUUAGGUGUAAACCUUCUUUGUUUUUGGCUUUUCGGGCGAUAUUGGACUGUCUUCUAUUUAAUAAGAAGAGAGAUCAUUUGGCUCUCAUAACAUUAUAGAAAUCGAAUCCAUUCGGCCAUGUAGUAGCAGGCGCGUAUCGUACCCGACAGCAGUGUAGCGUAUUUAAAUAAUCUUGCGAAACGUUACACGAAGAUGUUUGUAUAUCUAUCCCCGAUCUGAACAGUUCGAAGCAUAGUUAGAAAACCCAUCUUUUCCCAGUGGACGGAGCCGCAAUUUCACGUGUGAGCUAGACAAAAUUUACAUUGGCUUUUCAUGCUCCAAAGGACGUAAAACACACGAACAACGCAUACACGCACACACACACAAACGAAGGGCUUGACCAGAAGCGAUAAAACCUUACUCCAUAAUCAAAACCAUGCAAAACUAUACUUAGUCAGUUAGACGCAAAUUUUCAAUCUCGGAAGGGCGAAAAGUGGGUAAAAGUGAAACUAAGAAUCUUAACGGCGAACGUAUCUGUGGUGUCUAACGGAUGUGUCCGGUUUGUAGGGACCAUUUCAGUUUUUGUUUUAUGUAGCAGACCUGCAAUCCCCGCAAACCGCUAUCUAUAUGUGCUAUUGUAUAUUCAACCGUGGAGCAAAACCUAUGAAAACGUGUCAAAAAACAAUUGUAGUAUAUACAUAAGAAUUCUGUGUAGAAAAGCAAAGGAAUGGCCAACGGGUGAAAGUAUUUAAUAGCGUGUAAAGCGUGAGAAAACGAAGGAAAAGACGUACGAUGCCCAAGCAGGAGCAGGAGAGGGAAGAAAGCGGUGACCAAUUCGAACUUAUUUACAUUCGUUUGCAGAAUACAGAUUGUGACAAAAAUACGCAGCUAUAGACAGACCCUGCGGGGGUGUAGGUACGUGUGUUUUGCAAACACACACACAUACGGUUAUAAGGUAUUGUUUUCUUUUUAUGUGUUUUUUUCUAUUUUUGUUUUCGGAUUUUAAUCAAUUUCCCGUUGUGUACAUAUUAGUAUGCGAGACAGUGGCAAUCAACACUCAUUGCAAUCAUUUUUAUUACAAAAACAAAACAUAAUUAAGUUCUUAGCUAUUAUUAGAAUCCACGGGGAUCGUAGUAAGAGGGCAGUAGAGCGCCGUAGCGCAUCAUGUUGGAAGGGAAGGCAGCGCAAUAGAAGCAAACACACAAACGUUAGCAAGGGGCAAUGUACAGCAGUCGGAACAAUGCGGGUUGAAUUACGUGUUGCAGCCAAUGCAAAUCCUCGACAGGGAUUCAUAUUUUUAAUGCCAGUUUUAAUUUUCCAUUCGAAACAACAAAAAAACCCACCUUUCAAAACACAUCGAUUCACUCGAAACCACUGGAAACACUGGAAACACACAUACCGAAAGACUUUGUAAAAGCACACAACGAGAUGUUAUUAGUGGCAGCAAAUGAAGGCAGCACAAAACAAGAGGACCACACACACACACUCAACUGUUUUUGCUCCGUUUUUGUGUGCUUUUGAUACAAAACAAAACACUGCCGUUUUGGGGGCCCGGAAAACUAAGCAUUAUAUCAGUUUUAAAUCACACAAAACAGUGGGCAGUUUUUUUGUUACUUACUCAGUACUUGAAAUACACCAAACCCAAGCGACACACAAUGAUAUUAGAACGGAACCCUAGUGGAAGCGUAAUUCAACCUACCGAUAACGAGGAAAUAAUAACAGUAGAAAGAUCGCAAACGCGCGUAAAAGACGAUAAUCAGGCAAUAAGAGUAACCACUACACCCGACAUUAUAUUGAUGCUUCCGUGCGUUUUACAAUUUUUAGAGCGGUAAAUGAUGGGGUGAAAAAACACAGAAAACGUCAUAUCAAUUACUCCAAGGAAAAUAUGAAAGAAAAGUCGAAAACAAAAACCAAACAACAUGAAUCGAUCGUA